CAGACUGAUCCUAGACAGCCUGAAAACAAGCAAAAAAAGCAUCAAGAUACCCAUACAGAAACGAAAGGUUGUGAUGCAGGAAAUAUGGCUUGUGUUUCUUCUGGCAUAAGUACAGAGACUGAAAGUACUUCAGAGAAGCAAGAUUCAUCUGCAUCUUCCAUUGUGGUAGACAGGGAGUUUCAUAAUAGUCCUUCCAGUUCUACACAGUAUAGAAAUCUUCCUACUGGAAGCUAUGCCUUUGAGAAGGAAGAGGUGAGAAUAGAAUAUGGAAAUGGCUCUCCAGCUAUUCAACUAUGGAAGUCCUUUAAAGAAACUAUUCCUUUGUAUGAUGUGUCAAGUGGUAAACCGGUCCCAGAGGACAUAGUGCAGCGUGAUUUAUUUUCUCUUAGUUCAUGCGAAGGGAUGAUAUAUGGCCCUCAUGAAGGGGAGAAAUUGGUGCCAGGAACUUGCCUAGAUGAGAAACAAGCUGUUCUUUCUUCAAAACAGGGUGUUGAAACCGUGCAAGAAAAAGAGGUCCAAAAUAACGAAGUGAAACUGGAUGUGGAAAAGCAGUUGACCACAAGUCAGCGGGCGAAAUCUACUCCAAGCGAAGCCAUGGCAGUGCAGAUAGCAGAACUGGCAAGAUCUGUCAGCGUAGAUCAGCCAGUGGUAAGACAGGAUGUGUUAGUAGCUAAGAAAUCUAGCUCUAAAAGAUCCACAGGCUCAAAAACUUCUCAAGAAGAGUCUAGUCUUAUUCAACAACCAGGACUACUUCCAUCUAGUAUGGAGGUAACGAGUGACUUGAGUUUUCAGCAAAAGAAACUGAAUCUAAGCCACAGUGCAACCAAUGAAAGUCAAACUGAUAGAAGUAUUUGGUGUGAAGAAUCAGUGGAGAAGUAUGUUCCCUCUAACAGUUGGCUGGCUUGUCUGGACAACGUGGACACAAACUACAACUGUGAUGUGUGUUUGCCACAAAGAAAACGUCAAAGUAUACUCAGUCUUUCUUCUGAUGACAUGUCCUCAAGAGAGGAUGGCUCAUCCAUUGAUAAUGCUCCAGUGUCUUAUUUUGUACCUGACUAUGUGCUUCAGAAAAGCACGUAUGCUUUCCAGAAAAGUACAGAGGGCUUGGAGAAGGAAAAAAUUAAAAGUGGUGGGUCCCUCAAUGAAGAUGAAGUGGUAGGAAGGGAGCAGAUGAACGGUUCGGAUGGCCAAGAUGUCAAAAACUCAACUAUGAAGAUUAAAGAGUCUUCCAGUGUAGGUAAAAGGCUGGGAGCCCUUCCUAGAUCUCCUAGUAGGAAAAAAACCUGUUCUCUCAAGAAAAAAGCAAAGAGUUUAUCAGAAGUGGAGGACUCAGAAGAAUACUCUGCACAGGGAGAAGAGGAGGAUGAGGAGGAUGAUGAUGUGGAUGAAAUAGAGUAUUUCUUUCAAGAAGCUGCUCCAUGUGGAAUCUUGAUGCCGAGUGAAGGAAACCUCUACCGACAAGUUGGCCAGAGGGUGCUUUGGAAACCACCUAAACAUGCUAUUCCAGCUCACUUAAUUAGCUGGCCUGCUCAGGAGAAAAUAAAAACUAGGUGCAGGCUUGGUGAGAACAUUGGUGUAAUUUACAAGGCAAAGGAGAAAGAACAAGAUGAAGCUGUGUAUAGUGACUAUGGGCAUUAUGGAAGAAAGAGGCCAAUGGCAAGAAGAGAAGGGCUUGAACAUAAGCGAAUGCUACAGAAAGCCUUGGGAGGAAGACUGCUAAGGGAAAGCAUGGGGAUACCAUCUGAAGAAUUUUGGAUUAGAAGCGGUGCUAAACCCAAAGUUAUCGGCCGAAUACAUAGUAGUCUCUCACCCCAAGCCAUGAGUAAAGAACAAGGGUGCCUGCCUCUAGUUAAACUCAAGAAGAAAAGAAUAAGCAAACCCCCAUUAAAACGCAGAGACACAAGAUGUGAGGUGGAAGAAAUGGAAGUGUGAGAGAUGCCUAAAAGUGUACACAAAGGGCGUGGAACAAGAAGGUCCCUCUAUAAGAGAAGAUAACUGCAAAUAUUGGGGCAGGAGGGGAAGCAAAUGUAUCAGAGGUUUGCAUAAACAUAACUCAUAAUUCCAUUGUAUAUUUUGUAAGUUGCUGUGCUCUCUUGGAGGGCAAGAACUGCCAUAUAUCUUGCAGUGCUGCUAUUAAAAUGGAAUGAAGUAUUUAACACUAAACUGUCACCUUUUGUAACUAACAUCCACUAUCUAAAUAAUUUAAUAGAAGGGCAUUUUGAGGCUUGUAUUCCAUCUAUACAUGGA